UACUCCGUAAAAGGUUUAAGCUAGGGUUUAUCAGUUGAAGAAAUAGGAGAGAGAAAAUCGCCGGUGAAUUAAGGAGGAGAGAGAAAAAUCAUGGAUUCAUUUGGAUCUUCCACGAAUGGAUCAUCUGCUGCUCAACCUAAUCCCGAAGCAAUUAUGGAUCAGGUCAAAAAUCAGCUUGCUCAAGCCUACGCUGAAGAAUUUCUUGAGACUGUCAGGGGGAAGUGCUUCGAGAAGUGCAUAACAAAACCUGGGUCAAGCUUAAGUGGAAGUGAGAGCAGCUGUAUUUCAAGAUGUGUGGAUCGGUAUAUUGAGGCUACUGGUAUAAUUAGCAAAGCUCUCUUUAGCCAACAACGAUAGUCUUGAGGGAUGCUGAGCUAAAUGCAAGUUAUACACCAUGCUUUGAAUAGAUUUCAUUUAAAAAAUACUGAUGUUGCAAAUUUAAUGAUCAUCUCAUAACAAUGCAAUUUUUCAAGUCCUGUAACUUUUGUCAUCUCAUAAAUAACUCUAUUACGUAGUAUUACUUAGCUUUUGUCACGUUAUGUGCUGUAACUUUGAGCAUGAACAUUGUGGUACCAUGCAUGCCAAUUGCCAAUUUUGCUCAUAUUCUGCGGUAUGAAAGAGCUCCAAGUUGUUGAGAAA